CAUGCAUGCUGAUUGGUUAGUUAGUAGGCAGCCAUUUCUUAGUAUGGUGAUGAUCGGAAUCCAUAUUUUUACAUAUUUUGGAGAUUAGAAAUAACUUAUGACGAGCUACUUUCUGCUAGAUUUAUGUGUAGAGUUUAAAAGAAGAUCUUCAUAUAUUUGAUUGACAGAGUUUUCUGAAAAUGAAACCUGAAUUUCAGAAAGUAAUCCGUGGCUGGAGGAACAUUGAAGAGUCUCAGCGUAAAGAGCACUACAACUCCAUUAAAAUCUGCUUGUUUUCACCGUUUCUGUUCGGCAAAUCCUAUGUUUCAGAGGACUGGCUUGACUGGAUGCAGCUUGCUGGCUUCCUCAAAUCUUCAAAACGACUUGAGAUAAAAUGUUAUGAGGAACCUUAUUUUUUUGCUUUGGAUAUACUAGAGAAGAAGUUUGAGGCACUACGCACUAAGAUGGAAGCACCUAUUUUCUUUUUUUCCUGUUUAACUGUAGUGGAUGAAAUAGAUGCACUUGCACACAAGCCUGAGGACUGUAUAAGGAUAGGCAAAGCUGAAUCUACAUUUUGUGAUUUUUUAGAUAGUGAAGGAGAUACAUUUGAAAAGAAGAUGGCAGUGCUGUACACUGUAAAAUCUUAUAUUGAAUAUGUACUUGAUGUAGUCAAUCAUGGCAAAAAUAGAUUUAAGGAUAGUUCUCCAAGUCCAAACAUUCAGAGAAGGGUACGCUAUUAUUUUUCUCCAGAUUCAGGAUCUUGUAGAAUUACUGAAUAUGCAUUUUAUAUGGAUACAGAGUUGAUAUGCUCAAUGUCAAAUAUGUUCCAUUAA